GUCAAACUUUGCACUAUGCUUGCCCACAGUUCUUUGUGUUGUGAGACGGUUGCUGUACUUCACGUUGGGAGACACUCAGAUCUGGAGGGGUGUGGGAUUAUCUGGUGAAUAUUUGCUUUCUCAGCACAGCACAUGGCAACCAGCUCUUCCUCCCAAAGGAUUGGAGUUGUAGGAUAUGGACAUCUAGGGCAGUACCUGGUGGAGAAGAUCCUCAAAGAUGGAGCUGCCCUCGGUCUAAGUCUGGCUUUUGCUUGGAACAGAAAUUCUGACAAGCUGAAAGGUUUAGUUCCAGAUGAGUUAAUACUCAGUGAUCUGUCAUCCUUUGCAAACAGGCAAUGUGAUGUGAUUGUAGAGGUGUGCCAUCCACAGAUAGUGAAAGAAUUUGGGCAUCACUUCCUGUCUCACUCUCAUUUCAUGGUGGGCUCUCCCUCUGCCCUUUCUGAUCCGGAUCUGAACCAGAAGCUGCGACAGGCGGCUCACAAGUAUGGUAGGACGCUCUACAUCCCCAGUGGUGCGUUAUGGGGUGGCCAGGAUAUCCAGAGGCUUAAUGACAGCGGUGCCUUGAAGGCUUUGUUUAUAAGAAUGUCUAAGCAUCCAUCCUGCUUCCGGCUGACAGGAGACGUCCUUUCUGACUGGACGGAGGAAGAGGGCCGGCGUGUUUUACUCAGAGGAUCAGUGGCAGAGUUGUGCCCACUUGCUCCAAACAAUGUUAACACCAUGGCGGCGGCAGCAGUGGCAGCAGGAACACUAGGCUUUACUGGGGUUCAGGGAGAGAUUGUGUCUGACACAGCGCUAAGGGACUAUCAUGUGGUGGAAGUGGAGGUGACCGGGCCUGAUGGCUUCUCAGUACACACAGUGAGGAGGAAUCCAGCCAGACUUGGAGCUGUAACCGGUAGUGCAACAUACAACUCCUUCUGGAAUAGUUUACUUGUUUGCAAAGGUCAUGGGGGCCGAGCUUACUUGUGCUGAAGCAGACAAGAACUCUACAAGGUUAACUACAAUGCAGCAUCAAACUGAUCCACUUCCAGGAUGGCUUCUAGUGGAUAAGUUGUGUGAAUGGUAACAUUGGAUCAGUAUGUCACUGAAAACUUAGAAACCUUCAGACCUUGGAUAUUUGAGCGCCAAUAAACUGCAUGCAUACACAGAAA